AUGCCUGUUGCAUCCACAGCGCUGGUUUUGUUUGUCACCGGAUGUUCUACUGGUCUUGGACUAGCACUGGUUAAAGUUGGCGUAGAAAAAGGCUACAAAGUCAUCGCUUGCUCAAGAACCCCAGAGUCGGUUAAUGUAAACGGGAAUGCUUCGAAUUUACUCAAACUGAAGGUCGAUGUCACCAAUACCAAGAGUGUCGAAUCAGCUUUUCAAGAGGCCAUUAAGGUUUUCGGCUCCGUCGACAUUGUCGUUAACAACGCUGGCUACGGUCUUGUUGGCGAAUUUGAGUCAUAUACACAAGAAGAAAUGCAUAAACAGAUGGAUGUUAAUUUUUGGGGGAGUGUCAAUGUGACUAAAAAAGCUUUAGAGAUUAUGCGCCCCAAAGGGUUCGGACGAAUUCUCCAGAUAUCAAGUGUAGCGGGUUACUAUCCUUCACCGGCAUUGAGCUUAUACAACGCUAGCAAAUUUGCGCUCGAGGGGUUCAGUCAAACCGUGAUGCGCGAACUUGAUCCGUCGUGGAACAUAUUCAUUACCGUUGUUGAACCUGGUGGAAUGCAAACAGAAUGGGCGAACAAAAACAUGAGCUGGUCUAAGGCACAUCCUGCCUACACCAAAUCUACACCAGGAGGCCAAUGGCGGGAAUUUUGGAAGACCUAUCACGGUUCCGAAGAAACCGAUCCGUACAAAGCAGCAUGCCUCCUUUUACGGCUUGUUAAUCAAUCCAAACCUCCUGCGAAAUUUAUAUUGGGACACGAUUCACUAGAACUAAUCAAAAAGCAACACAGUGACAUUUCAAAAGAAAUGGCCCAGUAUGAAAAUCUGAGCAAACAAGCUACUCGAGACGACUUUGAUUAUUCUAAUGUUGAAAACUUAAAAGCCGCCUUAGGUGCUAACUGA